AAUAAAAAAUUUUUAGUGUUCUUUAUUUUAAUGCAGAUUGCUUUGUAAUAUUUAAUUGCAUCAACUUCGAAUUUUUCGAAUAUUUGACGUCCAUUUUGAUUUUGUGAAAAGCAUUACAUAUUUUGCUGGGACGAAAUAGUUUCUUUGGCUGCAUUUUCUUGCUGUUCGCACGUAUUCGUCAAAAAUCCAAUAAUAUAGUUUUUUGUGUUUGCGUUUUGCAAAAAAUCAUUAAAAAAUUCUUAAAAACGUUAUAAACAAAGUAAAAUUAAUUCCACUUAAGUAAAUAAACAAAAGUAAUAUAAUUUUAAUCAAUAAAAAAAAAACAAAAAGUGAAAGCAACUCCACAAUUUUUACUUAACAAAGAAAAAAACGUUAAAGAAAAGCAAAAAAAAAAAAGAAAAAUCGACAUAAACGAUUUUUUGCAAAACGAACACACGGACGGAGUAUACGUUGUGAUAAAUCAGCAAAUUAGCAUAAGAAACCAAACAAACAAAUCCUGGAAUUCGGAGCAUCUGUAAACAAUAUAUUUUCCUGCAGUUUAUAUAAUCCUAAAUAUAAACUACUUAAGCAAUUAGAAUAGUUCAGUUGCAGUCACCACGUUACACAAGCAAGUGCCGCCAAUCAUGUUUGUAAAUUCAAUGACGUUUCGCGGAAAUCCAGCUGCCAAUCAUCACUAUCAACAACAACAUCCAACUAUCAAUCAUCAUGCUGCUUCACUUGCAGCAGCUGCAGGUCAUCCGGCAUUGUCUGCACACCACCCUCAGAUGCAUCACCAUGCAUCUGGCCAAGCCGCUGGUCCAUUAAGCCAUCACGGCUCGCAUCCCGGUGCACAUCAAGUGGGCAAUAAUAAUCAUCAUCUCAACUCAAGUGGAAUUAAUCGUCAUCCACAUGCAGCUAUGGGAGUUGGUAGUGGCAAUAUAACUUCUUUGUCACCAAAUUUGGGUGGAAGUUCGGGUGGUAGUGGCGCCAGCACCAGUUCACCUGAUAGUGGCAAAAUUUACAUUAAAAACUUGGAACGUUCAAUUGACAACAAGGCAGUGUACGAUACUUUUUCUGCAUUUGGUAAUAUAUUGAAUUGUAAUGUUGCCAAAGAUGAAGACGGCAAUUCCCGUGGCUAUGGUUAUGUGCAUUUCGAUUCCGAAGAAGCUGCACGCAUUGCUAUCGAAAAGGUUAAUGGCAUGCUGUGCAACAACCAAAAGGUUGUAGUUGUCAAGUUCAUACCACGUCGUGAUCGGGAACAGGAGAAGGCAUCACAGUUCAGGAAUUUGUAUGUGAAAAAUCUAAAUGACGAUUUUACAGAGCAGCAUUUGCGGGAAAUGUUUGAACCGUAUGGGCGCAUCACUAGCCAUAAGGUUAUGCUUGAUGAAGAGGGACGCUCCCGACGCUUUGGUUUUGUCGCUUUUGAAAGUCCACAGUCAGCUUUAGCUGCAGUUAUUGGACUGAAUGGCAAGCAGCUGGGAGACAAUAAAUUUUUGUAUGUUGCACGUGCGCUAAACAAAAUUGAACGUCAACAGGAAAUCAAUCGCAAGUUAGAAGAACGUAAAAGGCAGAAGCCUGGUCAAGUCUUCUACUACUAAAAUUAUUAUAAUAGCCUGAAGCAUUGGAAGCAGCGUAUACGUUGCAUUCAAAACAAAAAUAAACAGG